AUGUUUAGAAACUCUCGCGAUUAUCAUAAGUCUUCGCAAAGAAAAACAUCACAUUCCCGCGAAAGCGAUUCUAGGGAAAGAACUAAGAUUAGGAAACAAAGUCCUUCGGUAACAACAUUAACUACAGAAUUUAGUUUCUUGGACUAUAAGAAAGAUUUAAAUAAAAUGUUUUCAUACAGUAACGAUUCUAAUAUUGUUAUAAAUAGUCUUGACGACUUCUGGAUAUUUGUUAAGAAAUAUGAAGCCACUUUAAAAAAAGCAGGAAAAUCAAUUAUUGAUACAGAUCCUGAAAAUAAUGAACUAAAUGAUAUUGGAAUUCCAAAAGAAUUUUCUAAACAUCACUGUAUAAAUUUUAAAUUUAAAUUGAAGUUUAUGGACAGUGUAUAUGAUGAGGGAGAUAGGAAAAAAUUAGACAAAAAAUUGUUUGAUGUCUUUUUGAAUAUUGUUUCAAUAUAUUUAGAUUUUAAAAAUAAAGAAAAAUUUGAAAAGUUAAAAAAAUUAAGAAAAGCACAAAAUGAUCUUCCUGUUGCUAAAUAUAGAAAUGAAAUAGUAUCUGCUGUACAAAAUGAAAAAGUUGUGAUAGUUGCUGGAGAUACUGGAUGUGGAAAAUCAACUCAAGUUCCACAGUACUUACAUGCAGCUGGAUUUCAAAAUAUAGCUUGUACACAACCCAGAAGAAUAGCUUGUAUUUCUCUAUCAAAACGUGUUGCAUUCGAAAUGUUAACACAAUUUGAUACUAAAGUUGGAUAUCAAAUAAGAUUUGAAAAAUCGAAAACAUCUGAGACUAAAAUUUGUUUUAUAACAGAAGGAUUGUUAUUAAGACAGAUGUCAUCAGACAGCUUACCAAACUAUGAUGUGAUAAUUCUUGAUGAAAUACAUGAGAGGCAUUUAAUGGGAGACUUUUUACUUGGUAUUCUCAAAUGCUUAAUACACACUCGCAAUGACAUUAAGUUAGUGCUUAUGUCGGCAACUAUAAAUAUUAAAUUGUUUGAAGAUUAUUUUUCUGCAGAGGAAGCUGUUGUUAUACAAGUUCCAGGUAGACUGUACCCUAUAGAAUUAAAUUAUAAGCCAAUAUUUAUUGACGAUAAGCCAUCAAGAGAUGACAGACUGGACCCUCAACCAUAUGUUCAGAUAAUGCAAUUGAUUGACAGCAAAUAUCCCAGCGAUGAAAGAGGUGAUGUACUUAUAUUUAUGUCGGGAGUCCAAGAGAUAACCUCGAUAUGUGAUGCAGCACAGCAGUAUGCAGAGAAAACUAAAACAUGGAUAGUGUUACCACUACAUAGUGGUUUGUCGCUUAUAGAACAAGAUAAGGUUUUCGACUAUCCACCAGAGGGCGUCCGAAAAUGUAUAGUGUCAACAAAUAUAGCAGAGACUUCAGUUACAAUAGAUGGUAUAAGAUUUGUCGUUGAUUCAGGAAAGGUAAAAGAGAUGAGUUAUGAUUCAUCAACUAAAAUGCAAAGAUUAAAAGAGUUUUGGGUAUCGAAAGCAAGUGCUGAUCAAAGAAAAGGAAGGGCUGGAAGAACUGGUCCUGGUGUGUGUUACCGUAUUUACUCUGAACAGCAGUAUUCAGAUAUGGAGUCAUUCAGUACACCAGAAGUGUCUCGAGUGCCUCUAGCUUCUUUGCUACUGUUAAUGAGCGCUCUCGGAGUCAAUGAUGUUAGGGUAUUCCCAUUUAUAGACAAACCUCCGGACGAUGCUAUUGAGGAUGCUUUGUUGGAAUUGAAACAACAUGGCGCCAUAACAUCAAACGAGAAACUAACACCGCUAGGUAAAGCAUUAUCAAAUCUGCCAAUAGAAGUGUCCCUAGCCAAAGCACUCGUAGUGGGCAGUGCGAGCCUCCCGCCACACAAACUGGACUCUGCCCUCGCCCUCACCGCGGCGUUGGGAAUCCGUUCUAUUUAUACUACUAGAGCGCAUCGGGACUUCGAGUGUGAAAAUUCACGUAAACCAGACGAAUCAGAUCAUGGCGAUCCAGUGACUCUAUUAUCGUUAUAUUGUGCGUGGUUAAAAGAAAAAUCAAAGGGUGGCGGUCGAGCGUGGUGUAAGAGACGAGGCAUUGAGGAACAACGUUUGUAUGAAUUGACCAAAUUAGCUGCACAAUUAAAGAAUUUAUUGCAGGAUAAUAAUCUAAUGGAAGCGCCUGAACCGGAAUCCAUGUCUUCUGCGGAACGAUCUAUGCGGCACGGCCAAUUGAAACACCUAAAAGAUAUGAGACGGCAAUAUAAAAAUAAAGCAGCGGAAGAGUCAAAACGUAAGAAGCGUCUGAAAGUCGACUCGUGGGAGAUAAUAGAUGAUAGAGAUGAUGAUAAAAUAGAUAUUCGCGAUAUAGAGUUUCGUAUGACGAAUGACGCGGCUCGGAUACGGGCGUUGAUAAACGGCUCCAGUACUAACAGUGGGAGGGAUCUUAUUAUGCUCAAGCUGGUGUUAUGUAGAGCGCUAUACCCACAAGUGGCUGUAGCGGAUGAAUUCAAUCAUUGCAAGUCAGUUUCCGAUCAAUUAUAUCAUACUUGGAGCAAACCGUUCGUGUUUCUUCAUCCCACGUCGUAUUUCGGCAAAAACUCCAAGCUGCUGCAGUUACAUGAAAACGACAUACAGACAGACAUGCCCUUGGGAUAUAAGAGCAAGUUGCCGUUGUCGUCGAAACAUCAGAUAUUGUGUUAUUUAUCUCUGUUAGAAACAACGAAGCCGUACAUAGUAAAUUCAAUGAGAAUGCCGGCAGCCCAGACGUUGCUACUUCUAGCACAUUCUAUAGAUACUAAUAUUGGAUUCACUAGAUUAGUAUGCGAUUCGUGGCUGUUACUAGAAUUUCCGUAUCCUGAAAGCGGAUUGAACCUACUAAUGAAGGCCACUAAAUUGCGUCAGCGAUGGGAUGCACUCAUCAAUAGAAGACUGGCGGAUGCAAGCCCAAAUAAAUCAGUUGAGACGGAACUUCGGAAGACAAACAAACAACCAUACGACGAGCUUCAACACGAUCUAUCGAAUGACUUAAGUUCAUACAUCAAUUCUGAUGUAUGCUAUACUAUUAAGAGAUUAUUACCGGGAGAUCUUAAAGUACUGUAUGUAGGGUCUGAUGAAGUACACCCAAAUAUAGACCCUAAUCCCUUUGAAGAAGGCUUAGAAUGUCGUGCCCAUGAAAAGAAAGGUGGAGUCUAUGUCACAGAUAAUAUAGUGUAUAAUUGUGUUGUCGAUACAGAGUGGAGUUACAAUAGCUAUCAAGAAGCUUACAAUAUACCUUGGACAUGUGAAAAAUGCGAGUUGACUGUCUGUCUGUCACCUUUAGAGAAGUUACAACACAAACAAUUCACGUGCUCUUCUAGAAAUAUCGAGAAGAAGGAAGAAAAAAAGAUAAUACGCGAAAUGAAACCUAAUUCUAGAGAGUAUAAGUGCGAAAUUUGUAAUGAAACGUUGUAUUUAACGCCAGUUGAAAUAUUAAAACAUAAGAAGGCGUGUACAAUAAAA